AUGCAAAAUGAGGGCACUGCACACAAGGCUGAGCACCACGACAGGAAGAAGAGGAAACGACACAAGGAGAAAAAGGAGAGGAGCCGGGCGAAACGGCUCAAGAGCGAUGCCGAGAAGAUUAUUGAUUUGGAGAGGCGGGAGGCAGCCGCUGGCAAGCUGACCAGGGAAGCAGCAAAGAAGCACUGGGCUAGCGGCGAGCAGCACGCCGCCUCCUACAUAGACACGCAUGGUGACCGUGACAACCUGGCCUUUGACGGGCUCUACCGCGCAAAUGUGGCCGCUUAUAGCCGCCUGGAUCCCACCGGCGUCGCCAAGGGCACGCGGCCUCGCUAUGGCUAUGUGUACGGCCCCAGGGGAAUUGGUGCGGAGGUGGACGACGACAGGCAGCGGAGCCAGCGGGGAAAGCGCAGGCGCUACUUUCUGGCGGCCGUGCUGCGGCGGGAGCGCGACGGCCGUCUCAGGCGCUGGCGCAUCGACCACCUCAGGCUGCCAGAGUCAGCCGCUACGCAUUCCAGAUUCGGGCAGCUGUCAAGGAUCCCUCUGGAUGUGGCCUCUGAGCACUUCACUGGUCGGGAGCAGGGCGGAUCGGGGCAGCAAGCGCCCUCAGAGGCUGGCGCAGCUGUGGAGGAAGAGACGGCAGAGACGGCGGAGCAGCACAUGAUGCGUCGUACGCGCGACUUCAACCGGGCGGUCAGGGAGCGGCCGCACGACCUGCAGCUUUGGCUCGACUUUGCCGCUUUCCAGGACGAGCUCGGCGGGGGUGGGCGGAGAGCGUCAGGGGCGGGGGUGGCCGAGAAGAAGAUUGCAAUUUUAGAGCAGGCUCUGAGGCACCAUCCAGGCUCGGACGAGCUGCUGCUGGCGCUGCUGGGGGCCGUAGAAGUGGUGAUCAGCGGCGAUGACGUGGAGGAGAGGUGGCGGCGGGUGCUGGCGCAUCACAGCGGCAGCGCGCGCCUGUGGCAGGCGUUCCUGUCCUGGCAGCGCGCCAGAUUUGGCAGCUUCUCCUGCUCCGCCAUGCGCGUCUCCUAUGGCGAUGCCAUCAUUGCGCUGGUGAAGGAGCGAGCGCGGCGGCGCAGGGAGGGGGCGCCUCUUGAUGUGAUGGCGGCUGUGGAGAGGGACAUAGCGGCGUUGUUUGUCGGCUGCCUUGGCCUCGAGCUCCAGAGCGGCCACACAGAGCAGGCCAUUGCAUGCAUGCAGGCUGUGCUGGAGUUCAAUUUCUUCUGCCCUGACUCUGAUGGUGCUUCGUCCAAGUUGCGAUCCUUCCGCGCGUUCUGGAACAGCGGUGCUGCCUUGGUGGGGGAUGGGGGCGCCAGAGGGUGGCUGCUCCACGGCAUUCCUGAGGCUGAGGAGCUGCCCGAACAGGCUCCUGCUGCAGAAGAGCCGAAAGCAGAAGAAAUUGAGCAGGAUGGCGGCGGCUGGGGCGGCUGGGAGGAGCUGCCCGCGUCUGCACAACCCGCUCCGCCCGGAGGCGACACGGACCAAGAUCCAGCAGAGGAGAAGGACGGCGAGAACAAUGAGGAUGACGACGACGACGCAGAAGCAGACAUGUCCCUGGAAGAGGGUGAGCUGGCAGCAGAGGAGACAGAGGAGGAGCUGAUGGCGAGGCUGGGGCUGAAGCUGGAGGAGGAGCUGGCACAGCUGGACGCUGACAAGGCCCUGGAUAGCCGCCUGGCCGUCAGGUGGGCAGCCCAGGAGAGCGCGCGCGACAGGGACCAGUGGCAGCCGCUGCGCAGCGAGCCCGAGCCCGACAUAGAAGGCGCGGACACCGCCAUCGGGCGGGUGCUGGAAUUUGAAGACAUUGACGACUUCCUGUUCACGCUGGAGAGCGAGGAGGCGAGGCAGGAUCUGGUGCUGCGCUGCCUGGCACUGUUGGGGCUCUCAGGGGAGGCCUGGGACUGCUCCAACGCCGCAGCCACAGCUCGCUGCGUUGGCCUGGCCGACACGCUGCUGCCUGAGCUGGCGCCCAUUCUGCCCAGCUGGCGCCCGCCUGGCAUGCCGCCCGCCCGAUCCACCCUUCAUCUUGAUUCCAACCCUGCAGCUGCAACACCUGCACAAGCAGCCCCUGCUGAUGCCAUCGCGGCAAAGCUCGGCUGGCUCUCUCCACAGCCCGUGUACCAGGCAGCGGCUACAGACGCAGACACAGCCGCCGAGAGUGAAGAUGCGGACCCGCCCGCCGAGAGUGGACAAGCCUCUUUGCCCGCCGCAGCAUCAGGGCAUACAGCAGCGGCAGCGGAAGCAAGGGCAGACGCUGCGCAGGCGCAGCUGCCGACACCGUGGUAUCUGGCGAGCGAGGAGAGGCGGCAAUUCGCGGUGCGCAUGGUGCAGCUUCUGGCCCUGGGCCCCUUCAGCAGCGAUGUCCGGGUCGCGGAUGCGCUGCUGAGCGCAGAGGCGGCCGAGGCACAGCCGAUCGGAGCGCAGAACCACGAGCGAGCCCAGGCGACGGCCCAGCGCCUUCUGGCAAAGCACCGCGACAGCCUGCCCCUGUGGCAGGCGUACGCCCGGCAGCUCCUUGCCGCGAACCAAACCAAGGCUGCGCGGAAGGUGUUUGACACAAUGCUGGGCUCGCUGCCGGCCAUGCCGCAGUCCUAUGUGCUCUACGCGCCCCCGGUGGUGCUCGCGUACGCUGCGGCAGAGGUGGACCGUGCAGCAGCCGACUCCGCAGCGCGCGCAAUGCACGUGCUCGCCUGGCUUGGCACCGGGGGCCCCUAUGCGCGCUACAGCUCGGCAGGCGCCGCCGCCGACGCCUCUACAUCCGCAGGACUCAGCGCCGAGAGGCUUGUUCAGGCGCGGAGAGGCUACCAGGACAUGCUGUCCACGCGACUGAGCAGCGCUGACGGGGCGCUGAGCGGUGCCACCUCAGCGCUCGUGAGCUGCGCGGCGCUCUUCGAGGAGCUGCUGCCGGCCGUGGGCGGCCCAGCCGUCACAGCGCUGCUGGGCAGUGGAGCAUCCGGCGUCCCAGCCGCGGCCGCCGUGUUCCAAGCCGCUCUAGGAAUGGCGCCCGUAGAGGUGAGGACGCAGAGUGCGGAGCAUGAGGCGCUGCAGGUGCGGCUGAGCUGCGUGCUGGCGCGCGAGUGCGCAGCCGGCAACCUGGUCGUCAGCCCCGGGUGGGUGUAUCCGCGCAACAGCUGCCUGCUGGGGCUGCUGGCGAUGAUGGAGAUGCGGGCGCACACUGUGUCGCGCCUGCGCCGCGACCUGCGCUCCAUGCUGGAGGCUGCCCCCUCCCCGCAGCUGUGGCUCCUGGCCCUGCGCUGCGAGGCUGCCCUGCCCGGCGGUGCCCACCGCGUGCAGGCGCUGUUUGAGAGAGCGCUGUCGGCCAAGCAGACGCAGCAGUGCGCGCUGUUGUGGCGGGCCUACAUCGGCUAUGAGCUGCAGCGGGGACGACCCGAGGCGGCGCGCCGCGUUUUCUUGCGUGCCAUCCACGCCUGCCCCUGGUGCAAGGCGCUGUGGAUGGAUGGACUGGUGUCCCUGGGGGAUGUGGUGAGUGCGCGGGAGAGGGCCGACCUCAUGGAUGUCAUGCGUGAGAGGGAUGUGCGCAUCCGCACCGACACCUACGAGAUCCUCUUGGAAACCAUCGGCCAGCAGCAGCUUGUGUAA